AUGAAUUUGCUAUAUCUGAAUGUGAAUGUGAAUGUUGUUCAACUUGUGCCAUAUUGGUAUGAGUAUUUUGCCACGCUCGACUCUACAUUUGAUGUGGAUGGAUAUGUUACUGGGUUUGGAAAUCCCGAUUGGGCACGGACUCAUUCGGCUGCCACAUCAACGGCGCUAGCCAUUUUAGCAGUCUUAAGGGGUGGUGCUACAUAUGUGGGUAAAACUGUCAUGGAUGAAAUGGCAUACAGGUCUGAAUCAGCACCUCUUCUUACAGAUAAUAGUUCUAUUCUCAUUGGAUGGGUAUCAAUGGAGAUAAUAAACACUAUGGGACACCCAAAAAUCCAUCUGCACCAGAUUGGUAACCUGGAGGGUCUUCCAGUGGAUCUGCUGUUUCAGUUGAUGGUCCUAUUUUUCACAGGUACUGACACUGGGGGAAGUGUAAGAGUUCCUGCAGCAUUCUGUGGGAUUUUGGGGUUUCGGCCUUCUCAUGGUGCUGUUUCAACCACUGGGGUCAUUCCCAUGGCACAGAGAUGGUUUGCUAGGGAUGCCAAGACAUUGUGCCAAGUUGGACGAGUAUUACUAGAGUUGCCCGAUGUUGAUCCUGUGAAACCUAGUGCUAUCAUAAUUCCAGAAGAUUGUUUCCAGCUUCUGAGCAUCCCAAGUGAUCGAGUAACUAUGGUUCUUGUUAAGUCAGUAGAGAAGUUAUUCGGAGGUCAAAUCAUGAAUUACACAAGCCUUGGGGAUUAUGUUAAGGACAAUGUCCCAAGCCUGAAGCAUUUUAUGAACAAAGGAUAUGAAGACAGAGAAAAUAUUCCAUCCCUGGCAGCCCUUUCAAGUGCCAGGAGGCUGCUUCAAAGGUACGAAUUUAAGAAUAAUCAUGGUGAGUGGGUCAGAACAAUUAAACCUGAUUUGGGUCUGGUUAUAUCUGAACGGGCGUUCGAAGCCUUGAGGACAACAGAUGAAAAUAUUGAUGUCUUCCACUCUGUGAAGACUGAACUACGUGAAGCACUGUCUGCUCUCUUGGGGGAGCUCUUAUACACGGAAAGGUCUUCUGAAAAUGCACUGGCAAAUAGAGAUACUCUACCACUAAUCACCAAUUCUGGUCAAAAAGCUGAUUCUUGUUUUGUGGGUGGAGUUUAUCCAUGGGAUGGUAUUUCAGAUUUUGGUAUCCUAGCAAUACCAACAGUUCCCGGGCCUCCACCAAAGUUACAGACAGAGCCAACAACACUGGAGACAUUUCAAGCCAGGGCUUUUUGCCUGUUGUCUAUUACUGGAAUGUCUGGCUUCUGUCAGAUGUGGGCAAAUUUAAAAACUCCAUUAAAAGCACACCAACGAUUGCCACCUCUAUCCCUCACCAAGCACGGACAAUACAACACCUUUAUUCAACUUUCACCCCCAUUUGUCUCUUCUGUUCUUUGA